AAGUGUGAGCCGGAAGUUGACGGGAACUGGCUUCAGCGCUUCCAUAUGAAGGCCACGAGGUGGGUCUGUGGGCUUGGACUUCCAGAUGAGUUCCCGAAGUCCUUCACAGGGAAGGGAGCGAAAGAACGCCUCUAUUUUCGAGCCCUUCCCUGCCUCAGGAAAGAGCACCGAGUUUGCAGCCGGAUUCUACAAGCUCCAUCUUCAGCCACUUACUCAUUUGCCUCGGGUGAAAGCCUUCCCCGCCCUUGGCCUUAAUUUCCCAAUUUGUAAAACAAGGCAGAUGGAGUAGGAGUGAGCCUCCCAUCCCCCUUUCGGCUCAGCAUCUUAUGGUCCCUGUGUAUUCGAAUGACCCGGAGCAAGAUCGCCGCGCCCUCUGGGCUUCGGUUUGCCUGUCUUUGAAAUAGAGAAGAGAAAACCUGGGAGGUGGAGUUGAAGUGUCUGGUGUGAGGCGCAGCAGAUGAUCAUGGUGGAUACCAGGCACUGCUAAGAGUGGGUUGGGCAUGACUGCCACGCUUCGAGUCCUACCCAGCUUUGCACGUGCUCGCCCCUGCCCAGUACUUUGGGGGAGUCCAGUUUCCUGGUUUGCUAGCAACAUGGCUGUGGUGGAGCAGGCCUGGCAAAUGUUUGAGGGUGCAGUGAGUGCCGUGAUGCCAGGCCCCAUGUUACACCGGGCUCUGGCACUAGACACAGAGACUGGACAGCUGAAGGUUCGGGACAGGAACUUCCACCUCCAUCAGAAUCUUUACCUGGCAGGCUUUGGCAAAGCUGUGCUGGGCAUGGCGGCAGUGGCGGAAGAGCUACUGAAUGAACACCUGGUUCGGGGUGUGAUCAGUGUACCCAAGGGUAUCCGAGCAGCUAUGGAACAUGCUGGCUUGAAGGAGAUGCUGCUGAAGCCACACAGCCAUAUCCAAGUGUUUGAGGGAGCCAAGGACAACUUGCCUGAUGGCGAUGCCCAGCAGGCUGCACUGUCCAUCCGGGACUUAGCAGAGAGGCUGACAGCUGACGAUCUCCUGCUGGUCCUUAUCUCAGGAGGAGGCUCAGCCCUGCUUCCUGCUCCAAUCCCCCCAGUUACUCUAGAAGAGAAACAGUUGCUCACCAAGAUGCUGGCAGCUAGUGGUGCCACAAUUCAGGAGAUAAAUACCAUCCGUAAGGCCUUGUCCCAACUCAAGGGCGGGGGCCUGGCAAGGGCUGCUUACCCUGCACAGGUGGUGAGCCUGAUUCUGUCAGAUGUUGUGGGGGACCCUGUGGAUAUGAUCGCUAGUGGUCCCACAGUAGCGAGUGACCACAAUGUUCAGGAUUGCUUGCAGAUCCUCAGCCGCUAUGACCUCCGUGGAGUCUUGCCCCGAUCUGUCAAGACAGUGCUGUCCCGGGCUGACUCGGAUCCCCGUGGUCCUCCUGGCUGUGGCCAUGUCCUCAAUGUGGUUAUUGGCUCCAAUUCCCUGGCGCUGGCUGCGGCCCAGCGUUGUGCUCAGGCCCUGGGUUACCAGGCACUGGUUCUAAGCACAGUCGUGCAAGGUGAGGUGGGUCGCCUGGCUCGAUUCUAUGGACUUCUGGCUCGGGUAGCUGGUGUCCGCCUCUCCUCUAAGGUUAUGAAGUCCAAGAAUGAAGAAGAUGAGCUUCAGAGGCUGGUAGAAGAGCUACAACUCUCAGACCUGAAGUUGGAGGAAGUCCUGGAGGCUGUGGAGGGGGCCAAGGGCCCUGUCUGCCUUCUGGCUGGAGGGGAGCCCACAGUGCGACUGCAGGGCUCAGGCAAGGGUGGCCGAAACCAAGAGCUAGCGCUUAGGGUAGGUGUGGAGAUGAGUGGGUCCAUGAUGAACGACUGGGAAACUCUAUUCCUGAGUGGUGGAACUGAUGGGCAGGAUGGCCCCACAGAGGCAGCAGGGGCCUGGGUCACCUCAGGGCUGGCCAAUGAGGCAGCAACAGAGGGUCUGGAUGUAGCAGCUUUUUUGGCCAACAACGAUUCAAAUACCUUCUUCCGACGCCUGCAAAAUGGUGCCCACCUCCUUUGUACUGGAUUGACGGGCACCAAUGUCAUGGAUAUUCACCUGCUGCUCCUCAGGCCCUGCUGAUAGGGACCAGGGCCAGUAUAGGGCUCACCAUUUAAGACCUUAUAACUAGGGCUGGAAGGUGGGGCAGGGCCCCCAGGGGAAUCUGGUCCUGGACCCUUAGCUCCUUCUGUGGAGUUCACUGGGCCACUCCAGGCUUUGUUACGGUGGUGCCUACAGGAGAGUACUAGGGAACAGAGAGCGCCCAGCAGAUCCAUUCCUGACUUGUUAGGUCUAUAUUUCAGUCUGCGUUUUUUGCCAAAGCACAAUCUGUUGGCUGCCCUGGGAGAGGUAACAGUUGUGGCAGUAGGACCUUUCAGCAAGUCACUACUCCUCUGCUAAGCCUCUUCUCUAAACCUCAUACCCCUGGGCUGUUCUUCCCCCUAGCCUACUUUUACUCCCAGGGGUUGGUGAUGACAAAAAAUGUGACUCAGUGUUUGGGAAAGGGUGUGAAAAUAAAAAGGGUGAAUUCAUUGGCUAA